AUGGUGAAGCUUUUCUGCGCGGUCAUUGGCGUCGGGAGUGUUUUUCCUGUGGAUAUUGACAUCAGCGAGACUGUCGGAGAUCUAAAGGACAAGAUCAAGGAGAAGAAGCCCGGCUUGAUCUACUUUGAUGCAGAUCUGCUGAAGCUGUACCUCGCGAGGGAGGGCAACACAAGGGACCUCAACAACGCUGCAUACUUUGGCCACUACUUCGAGCGAGUUGAAGAAGACAUCCAUGUGCUCGUGGAAUGUCCUGACGAGCCGGAUCAAGUCAACAAGUACAAGCGUGGCCACAUAAUCGCGGCCAUCGCAGCUUGA